GUGAAGUGGUAAAAUUCAAAACGUUACCAUGAGCUUCAGAGCUCUCCUCUCCUCCUCUAACUUCCCCAAAUCGCCAUCCGGUACUAUCUCCUCCGGGAACAAGACCAACCCGACCCGAUCCCUGAACCGGAUCCCCCUCUACUCCCUCCAUGGCUGCCGCCUUUCCCGUGUUUCUGUUUGUGAGGGAAGAAGAAGAAGUAGAAGCGGGAAAGUACACGCAGACGUCAGAGACAUACUCGACUCCCUAAGAGAUUCGGUUAAGUUCAAAGAUGGACUAAACGAUAUCGCUUCGAGUGAGGAUGAUUUGGACACUACGGUUCCUUGGUGGGAACAGUUCCCCAAACGUUGGGUUAUCGUUCUUUUGUGUUUUUCAGCUUUUUUGCUGUGUAAUAUGGAUCGAGUAAAUAUGAGCAUUGCUAUACUUCCCAUGUCAGCCGAAUUCAAUUGGAACCCAUCAACUGUUGGUUUAAUACAAUCAUCUUUUUUCUGGGGUUAUCUCCUCACUCAGAUUGCUGGUGGCAUAUGGGCAGACACUGUAGGUGGCAAGUCGGUUUUAGGAUUUGGGGUGAUUUGGUGGUCCAUUGCUACGGCUCUUACUCCUGUUGCAGCUAAAUUGGGGUUGCCAUUUCUGCUUGUCGUUCGUGCUUUCAUGGGAAUUGGAGAGGGUGUUGCCAUGCCUGCCAUGAACAAUAUUUUGUCCAAAUGGGUUCCUGUUGCUGAAAGGAGUAGAUCAUUAGCAUUGGUUUACAGUGGAAUGUAUCUUGGCUCUGUUACUGGCUUUGCAUUUUCACCAUUCUUGAUACAUCAGUAUGGAUGGCCAUCGGUUUUUUACUCCUUUGGCUCCCUGGGGACAGUCUGGGUUGCUUUAUGGAUAAACAAGGCUUAUAGUUCACCUAAUGAUGAUCCUCAACUUCGGCCGCAAGAGAAGAAGCUUAUUGUUUCCAAUUGUAUUUCCAAGCAGCCAGUUAAAACAAUACCUUGGAAGUUAAUCUUAUCAAAACCACCUGUGUGGGCCCUUAUAGUGUCUCAUUUCUGUCACAAUUGGGGAACAUUUAUUCUCUUAACAUGGAUGCCUACGUACUAUAAUCAAGUCCUGAAGUUCAAUCUCACCGAGUCGGGGCUCUUCUGUGUUUUACCCUGGCUUACAAUGGCAUUUUCUGCAAACCUUGGAGGUUGGAUUGCAGAUACACUUGUGAGCAAAGGUUUAUCUGUGACUACUGUUCGCAAGAUUAUGCAAUCAAUUGGAUUUCUUGGCCCUGCUUUCUUCCUAACUCAGCUGAGCCAUGUCGAUUCUCCUGCUAUGGCUGUUUUGUGUAUGGCAUGCAGUCAGGGAACUGAUGCGUUUUCACAGUCUGGCCUUUAUUCAAACCAUCAAGAUAUUGUUCCUCGAUAUUCCGGAGUAUUACUUGGUUUAUCGAACACUGCUGGAGUACUAGCAGGGGUCUUUGGAACAGCAGCAACCGGCUACAUCCUGCAACACGGUUCAUGGGACGACGUCUUCAAGGUUUCGGUUGGGCUUUAUUUGGUUGGAACCGUGGUCUGGAACCUGUUUUCAACUGGUGAGAAAAUACUAGAUUAACACUCAGAUAUUUAGAUGUUUAGCACGAGAGGGCUCGAGCCUCAUCAUGCUCAAGCUAAUUAAAAGAUUUCAAUUGAUUGAAUGAAAGACCAAAGAUGAACAGCAUGAAUCAGUUAUGGAGAAGAGGUCUAAAUACCCAUUUUUGGACUUGAGCUACUGGCCAUUUCUUAUUGCCAAGCAUGGAUUCAAGUUUUAAAAUCAAAAGUUGUCGACAACUCUCAAAAUUGCAAAGUUGGUAGAGGUCUUAGUGUUGGUAGAGUUUAUUUGUAUAGAAAACACACCACACCAUGUAAUUUCUCUAAAUCUUAUUAUAUUUAAUCAUCACAAAUUAAAUUUUCAUUGUCGAGUA